ACGCCCUUUUUGAGAGCUUGACGAAGCUUCAUCCAGGAAGCCCGAUCCGAUUCGACGCAUUUCCCAUUCACCAACCGAACCCGAACUCGAACCCACCCCUAUAGUCGAACGACAAACCACGGGAAUCUUUCAACAUGCUGGGUCUCAAAACUGGCUUGGGGGGAAUUGGGGGCUUCCUCACGGUUGUAGGAGCUUAUAUGCUCUUCACCGGCUCCGGCGAGUCCUUCAAUGUCGGCGCGUUUCUCGAAUCCAUCUCCCCGUACGCUUGGGCCGACAUGGGCAUUUCGCUAUGCAUUGGUCUAUCAGUCGUUGGUGCCGCGUGGGGCAUCUUCAUCACCGGCUCGACCAUCCUCGGCGGUGGCGUAAAGGCGCCUCGCAUCCGCACCAAGAACCUGAUCUCGAUUAUCUUCUGCGAAGUCGUCGCCAUCUACGGCGUCAUCAUGUCCAUCGUGUUCACCGCGAAGCUCGACCUCAUUCAGGGCGAGGAGGCCUACGACGGGAAUAGCUACUACACUGGAUUUGCCCUCUUCUGGGCUGGUCUGACUGUCGGCAUGUGCAACCUUAUUUGCGGCGUCUCUGUCGGCAUCAACGGGAGUGGUGCUGCGUUGGCGGAUGCUGCGGACCCUACGCUCUUUGUCAAGAUCCUCGUCGUCGAGAUUUUCAGCUCUGUUCUCGGUCUUUUCGGCCUCAUUAUCGGCCUCCUCGUGUCCGGAAAGGCGGCCGACUUUGGCAAGGCAUAAAAAGGCAUCAAGGGGAGCAAAUAAAUUGGACGCGAAAUAGCAUCACAUGUUCACAACACAACAUGCAAGGGCUUUCCAGGGCCAUCAGGAGGCAAAGGCUACGUCUACCUAAGGCGGAACUGGAAAACGACGUUGGAAAUAACCACUUUGCAGAAGAGGUUUUCGGCCGCCGAGCGGCAUAUUACGGGAGGGGAAUACCAGCGGUACCAUGCAUCACACCAAGGGCGACUUGGCCGGGCGUCUCGGGAUAUACAGGUCAUUGGGGAGGAUGUGCUUUUAUACUGUAACAUCACUUUUGAUAAUGGGCAUGUAUUCGAUCGACUUUUGCAGAGCUUUUUCGAAUUGGACGUGAGACAUCGU